GCACCGUUAGCAGCAUUUUUAGCUAUCCGACGCCAUUUUUCUCAACGGCGUGGGGUUACGUUGCGGAUUCCUGAGCGAGAAAAAGACUGCAAAAGUGCGUAAAUAGAGGAGAAAGGUCUUCAAAUUUUGUUGGGUUAAAGAAGACGCAAGCCAGGUCCUGAAGAGAAGAGAGGUGGCAAAAACCUAAAAGCAAAGUUUCUGUCCCAAGUGUCUGUCAUGGAAAGAAAUGGAGGAGGAGUUUGUCGGGAGUUCCUGAGGGGAGAAUGCAAUCGUGGCAGCUCAUGCAAGUUUAGCCAUGUGAGCCCUAAAGAGGGUGAGGGUGGUGCUGCCGGUGAUAUGAAAAGUGGGGUCUGUCGUGACUUCUUGAGAAAUGAGUGCGAUCGAGGCUCCCGAUGCAUCUACGAGCAUCCUGCUGGACAAAAGGGAACCUCCAAGGCAGUCAAGUUCUGCCACAAUUUCCAGAACGGUAGGUGCAGAAGUCAAGAUUGCUCCUACCUCCACUGCUCCUCUGAAGAAGAAGAAUAUUACAAGGAAACGGGAAAGCUCCCUCCUGGCCUUGAAGACAUGGUCAGGAACACCAGCGGCAAUAAAGUCUGCAAAGAUUUCCUGAAUGGGAAAUGCUUCCGCCCAAAGUGUAAGUUUCUCCACACGGACGCAGACCGUCUUGGAGGAGGGCCCCCUCGGAAGCGGCCGAUGCCGUCCUGGGAUAGCCGUGAUGAGUUCCACCCCCCACCUCGAGAGGAGCGGGAGAGGAUGCGCAGUCUGGUGAGCAUGGUCCACGAUCUCGAAGAUGAAAACGUCGUCCUGCGGCAUAAACUCAGCCGUAUUCAUCGCCAGGUUCUGGAUCUUACCGAUGACAACAAAGUCCUUCUUGACGAGAACAGACGUCUGCGAGCUCAAAACCCUGAUGCUCUGAGAGCUCCUCCACGUCGCCCUGAAGCAGCUGCAGACGUCCCAUCACUCGACAGCUACCUUAGAGACCGACCCCCAGGUGCUGUACCUUCACGAGCUGCUGCUGCUGCACUGGCUGAGGGCCCCCCACCAAGACCUAGGGCUCCUGGUUACGACGCCGACCGCCUGGCUGCUUAUAAUCCAGAACAUCCAACACCAUAUGAGGGUCGUGCCUCCGAUCGAUACGACUACUCCUACCUGACUGAUGAUGAUUACAUUGAUCAAGGCAUUUGUCGUUUCUUCUUGACGAGCGAGUGUUUCAGUGGAAGCAGAUGCAAGUUUGAGCACCGCAGAGACUUGAUGGACAAGAAGAUUUUGUGGGUUUGUCUUCCAUUCCUUGGAAACAAGUGCAUAUACAAAGACAAAUGUAGGUUUGACCACCCAGAAAGAGUUAAAGGGUUGUCUCUGCUGGCGAGAAUCUGUUGUAACUACCGCGGAAUCAAAGAGGGGGGUAUAUGCGAUGAUAGUCAAUGUCAAUUGUUUCAUUUCACUAAAACAGAGCAUAGAGCCUACGUUCGGGAUAAAAUAAUCCCUGAGAGGUAUAGAGACCACCGUUGGGUGCAGCACAAAAGACCUCGUAAAGAUGACAGUGGUUUGGUUCAGUACAGCAGUGAUGAUGAGAACUUUGAUGGUGACACGAAGAGAAGUGAUGACAACUUGAGAACCGAUUCAAGACCUCAGGAUAGAAAUGAGAGGUCUCGCAAUCAGCGUGAACGGAGCAGGAGUCCACUCCAUUCAACAAGUGGUCAAAGUCGCAGAGAAGAAUCUCCAGUUGCUGCAGACCAUGAGAGGCGCAUAAAGAAGUUGAGAAAGGUGGCUAAAGAUCUCCGCAACGAGUUAAACGACUUGUGGAAAGACAAUAAGCUCUUACAGAGGCAGCUUGACGAUCACAAGGAGUUUCACCAAAGAGACCAAGAACUGAUCACAGACCUCAUGAAAUCAAGAGAUAAACUUGAGGAAGAAGUUAACGCAUUGAGUGGCAUGAAAUCCCAAUUGACCACUCAAAUGACUGACCUGUUUGGUGACAACAAAGUAGUUGUUGAAGAGAACCAGCGUUUAAGAAGACUACUGCAGGAAGCCCAGUCCCGGCCACCGACAAUCACACACAGCCAGCCACCACCAGUUCAACAACCCCUCGCAGACCAAUUUAGAUCUUCACUUAACUCCUCUUCCUAUCCCCAGCAGUCAAAUUUUUGGACAGGCCACUCCGCAGCAACCACUCCGCAGCAACAACUUUGCAGUAACAACUUUUGCAUAGAGGCUGCCGGUAGACAUACGCAUGCACUGAGCGCCGGUCGUGGGCCAGCAACAUCAGCAGCCGGGCAACAUUUACUUAACAGGUUUCCUGCAGGCUUUUUUUGUGUGUGGGUAUUUUUAAAACCAUUCAAGAUGUCUUCUGAAGGAAAAGAUUAUGGUGAUGAUGUGUGUCGUGAUUUCUUGCGUAAUGUUUGUAAUCGUGGGAAAAGUUGCAAGUUUAAGCAUCCAGAGGAUGCCGAGGGAAGUGAAUCAAGAGGCGGAGGCAAUAGCCAUCAGAGGUAUGCUUUUUGCCAUGAUUUCCAGAAUAGGGAAUGUGUCCGAGGUAAUUGUCGUUUCCUGCACUGCUCCCGUGCUGAGGAAGACUAUUACAAAGAAACAGGGAAGCUUCCACCCCAUCUUGAAGAAAAGGUGUCUCGCGGUUACGGGGUAGGUGGUGAGGAGCUGCGGAGCGGAAAUGAUGAUGUUCCCGUUUGCAGAGAUUACCAAAAAGGCGAGUGUAACAGAGGAAGCAAGUGUAAGUUCCGCCACAUGAGCCGUGGGGAUGUUGACUAUGAGGAUCGUCGACGCAUGCGUGCUUUCUAUGACCCUUAUGGCGAUUUUGAGUUUGACCGCAUACGUCGCAGGCCUCCGUUUGAAAGUCGUUUUGGCUAUCUUGAUUUCGAGACCGGGCGUUCUGCUGAUGAUCACUACGGAGCGAGGAGCGCAAUCCGUGAGAGGAUGCGAAGCGCAAGUCGUGACACCAGAGAUUUGGAGGAUGAAAAUCAGGUCUUGCUGCGCAAGGUUGAGGCAAUGCGCAAGCAAAUCUCUGAUCUGACCGCAGCGAAUGAGGUCUUGCUUGAGCAGAAUGCACGCUUGCGGGCAUCAAAGGUUGAAAAUACAACCAAUGCUAUUCUGCAAGCUGAGACACACCUGGUUCGCUCUACUGCGACAGGUGUACCCCUUCUCUCACAGGGAAGUGUUGCUGUUAUCCAGAAGAAUGCCGGUUCACAAGGUGCUUCAGGUGUCACAGCAAUCAAUCUUAUUGGUCAGCAGGAGGGUGGACUUGGCGACAGGUCUCAGGCUACUUUGAUUGCCCCUGAUAUGCAGACCAUACCAGUGUCUGUGUCUCUGCAGCAGGAGUUUCAGCCGGUGUCCAUAUCCUCUGUUAUGACCACCCAGCCAUCCCUGCCCCUGCCAACCUCUAUACUGACCUAUCCAAUUGUGUCACAUAACAUCCACACUGGGUUGGGUCGUUAAGCUGUUGAGCAAAAUGCUAUCAUUAUAGGGACACGUUGCCUUGCAUCGGGCAAGUUGGUCUAUGCAUAUGGUCAGAAAGAUGUUUUGAAAGUAGAAUAUAACGAUCCACUCAAAAAUGGCUUGUAAUUGCAUGAUUUUCCAUAUACAUGUAUGGCACGCCAUUACUUGUUUGUGGAGUUUUUUACUCAAAAAAUUGGCUGACAAUGUUAGUUCUCAAAGUAAAAGGAAAACCACGCAAUUUUGAGGCAAAUUUUUGUGGAUUGAUAUAUUCUACUUAUGAAACAUUACUUUGAAAAACCAGUUUCAAACGCUAUUCAUGGACCAACGCGACCAAUUCAAGGCAACGUGUCCCUUUAAUGCUUUGAGAAGGAUAUUUGUGGAUUUUAUCACUGUGAUCACCGUUGCUGUUCACUCUUUGACGCUACUUGGCUAUAUCUGCAUUCCAUACAAAAACUAGUUUAGUCUUAAAAAGUUUUUUUUACUAACCCAAAUACAUGUUCUUAUUAAGUUUUUGUUGAUCUUUCGGUUUCUGCACUUGGGAAAACACCAGUUAACUUGUAAUGGUUUGUUUUAGGCCCUAUUCACAACUGUGCCAUUUUGAAUAGUUUGUGUUGCCAUCUGAACUCAUUUGGUCCUAAGCGCAUUUUGUAAAAAAAAAAAAUGCUUCAAUUGUUUUCAAUACUUCUCAAAAAACACACCAACAAACAAAAACAGCAAAUGAGUGACAACGUUCUUGGAAGAAUGAUUGAGCCAUUAACUUUUUCAGUACAUGUAUUUGUAUAUUUUUUGUUCAUUCAAUAUUAAUUAAUUAGUUGUAUUUGGUAGCUUUGUAUUUACUCAGAUUUGUUGUAAUUUGUUUUUAAUAUGUACCAUAGAAAGGAGUUGACCAUAUUCCACUUAACUGUGUAUUUCACAAAAUUCCUGUUAAAAAUGUCUGCUUAAUAAAGGAACACGUUGCCUUGGAUAGGACGAGAUAAAAACCGUUUAUAACCGAUCGUUACAAAAUGCAUAUGGUGGGAAAGAUGUUUUAGAAGUACAUGUAGAAUACCUCGAAAUUGCUUGG